GGAGAGAGAGAGAGAGAGAGAGAAUUUGGUGAGGGACAGAGAUGAGGUGCUGACUGGGCUCUGAGAGGGCUUUGGCAAUUUCUUCACAGUUCAGAAUAAAAAGGAAGACGGAUGUUUUGGGGGAGGAGCACCGUGGAUUAUUUGUUGGGUUGAGAACUUGAGAGAGGAAAGGGUGGAAGGGAAGAAGCGAUUUGCUUUGUGGGUCUCUUUGAAGCCGCUGCCUUUCUACGGUUUUCCGUUCACCCUUUUCUUGUUUCCUGUUGAGUCGGUUGUUUUCCGAGGGAACUUUCUCUCUCUUGUCUCCGUGGGAGGAAGCUUCUCUAUCCUCCUCGCUUCUUCCUCUUCCUGCAAUAAAAGGUUAAGAUAAUCCCUCCUUCGUCUGGUGGAGGGGAAGGAGGAGAAGAAGAAAGAAGGGGGAAGAGAAAAAGAAAGAAAGGACAAGAUGGUGUUCUACUUCAAGGCGAGGCCGGAGGCUGGGGAUUACACGAUCUUUAUGGGCCUUGACAAAUACGAGAACGAAGAGCUCAUUAAAUAUGGCUUCCCUGAAGACAUCUGGUUCCAUGUGGACAAAAUGUCAUCUGCUCAUGUCUAUGUAAGGCUGCACAAAGGUCAGUCGAUUGACGAUAUAAGUGAAGGGUUGCUGGAGGAUUGUGCUCAACUUGUUAAGGCAAAUUCUAUUCAAGGAAAUAAGGUGAACAAUAUUGAUGUUGUAUACACUCCCUGGUUCAACUUAAAGAAGACUCCUUCAAUGGAUGUGGGCCAAGUUGGCUUUCAUAAUCCAAAGAUUGUUCGCACUGUUAAAGUAGAAAAGCGCAUAAAUGAAAUUGUGAAUAGGUUGAACAAGACCAAGGUGGAAAGGAAGCCAGACUUAAAAGCUGAGAAAGAAGCUGUAAAUGCUGCAGAAAGAGCUGAACGGAAAGUUCAGCUUCGGGACAAGAAGCGCCGAGAAGAAAUGGAGAGGCUUGAAAGGGAGAAACAAGCAGAGAUAAGGAGCUACAAGGGUCUGAUGGUCUCGGAGAAGAUGACAUCUAACAAACAAAUUGCUGCAGCAAACAAGUCUCUGCAAGAACUGGAAGAGGACUUCAUGUGAGAAACAGAGAAAUAAAUACUUGUUCCUCAAAGCAAACUACCUUAGUUAUACCAGUUAACCUUCAUCUUCUAUCCCCAUACACUGUCGGGGAGACACCUAGCAUUUUACUGCUAUCGCUGCAACAAUUGACGGUCAUGGCGGUUUGAUGGAAACAGUUAACUCUUGUCGAAGUGUUGUCCGGAACUCAUGUUGAAGUGAGUUGGUCGAAAAUGUAUUUUAUCUAAAGAGCAAGUGUUCAACUUUGAACUUGUUUCUUUACAAACUUAUCAGAUCCAUAGCGGUUGGAGACUUUUAAUAAAGCCUUGCUUAUUGUGGUCA